AUGGCUCACGGGGUAGAAACGCAUCAGAGAGGAUUGCCUCUGCUUCACCGUCUCUUUGCUGGGAGAUUGAACGUGGCUUGGCGCCUACGUUCGGGGAAUUCAGUGGACUGUGAUAGAGAGUUCCUCCAGGUUUUGUCAAGCUAUGGUGUACAGACAACUACUUUGACAACUAAAACUGAUGGCAAUGAUGGCAAGGCUGAACACCUAGAGUAUAUUGCCUUUGCAUUGGUUCCUGUUUUCUUCAUCAUGGGUCUCUUGGGGAUUUUCGUCUGUCAUGUCCUUAAGAAAAAAGGAUAUCGUUGUACAACAGAGGCUGAACAAGUAGAAGAAGAAAAACUUGAUGAAAAGAUAGAAAUGAAUGAAACUAUACAUGAGAAUAACGACACUGUGGGACAAAUUGUUAACUACAUUAUGAAAAAUGAAGCAAAUGCUGAUGUGUUAAAGGCCAUGGUAGCAGAUAGCAGUGUCUUUGAACCUGAAAGCCCUUUAUCUCCUGGCUCUCCUGGGAGUCCAACGAGUCCAGGGACUCCUUUGUCACCUGGUGUUGUUCCGUUUAAACACAGCUGCAAAGGCCAUCACUUCCAUACUGUUGGAGGAGUAGUAGAAAAGGAUGUUUGUACGCGUUGUAGCCACAAACGAUGGCAUCUUAUAAAGCCAGCUCACAAAUCUAAAGAGCACAGAAGAAGUCGUCUUGGAGAAGUUACGGUCCUUUCUGUGGGAAGAUUUAGAGUCACAAAAGUGGAGCACAAAUCGAAUUCCAAAGAACGGAAAAGCUUGAUGUCUGUUACUGGCGUGGAGAGUGUCAAUGGUGACAUGCCUGCCACGCCUGCAAAAGAGGAAGCGAGCGAAGCUCCUGCCGCGCCUGUGAAACAGGAGGUGCAAGAGAGGAGAAGCUCAGAGUAAACUGCAGGUGGAAAUUUUAGAAGCUUGUCUGCUAGCACUUUGAAGAAAACUGAAAACUCCCAAGAGAUGCAUACUAUUUAAGGACAUGUAUUUAUGGCACUGUAGCAUUUUAUAAGUUUUGUGAUGGCAUCCAUGCAAGGUUAAACACUUAAUGGCUUUUCACCAGUCAAAUCAGUAAGAUCUUGACACUUAAAUACUGCUGAGCUGUGUGGACCUUAUACCAAAUGUUGGGCUUCAUCUAGGAAAUAAAAAUACAGAUAAGAUUUUAGACAGGAAAUGUAAAAACCUUAUCAAAUAAUCUUAAUUUUUUUGUGCUUAGACAAGCAUUUUUAAUGAGCUCAAUAUUGUGAGUUAUGUGAUUACUCUAUGGAUAAACUGUGUUCAUUCCUCUGGUCCAUCGGGAUUUUUCUCCUCUGUUCUUCAACUCCAGAAUUGACGAGCAUUUGCUGAAGAUAAAACCAGCCUUUGGAAGACAAAAAUACUCUCUUAAUCUAACUGCUAGUAGCCAAGGAAAACAUACAAGGAAAUAAUUACAUCAGCCAAAAUCUCCAUGUGUGCCUUAAGUAUAUAAGCCCUUGGACUCUGUGAAGGGUACUUAGUAGCACAGAGUAGUUCAGCUAUAUGCAGAUGUUAAAUUACAUUGUUGUCUUACCUCCCUUACUUACAUCUUACUACUUAGCACAGGCUGAAGAGUGUCUUUUUCUAUGCAGUUGGGUGAGCUCUUGGGAAGGUUACUUUCCUUGAGGCCACUUGUUCUGGUAUUUUAUAACUACUCACUCAUAUUUGAACAGUGCCUAAUAGUUUUGCCUUUCUUUGUUUUUACCCACAGGUUCCUUAUUAAGCUCAGGCAACGUAUUUCAACCAUAAGAUAAGGAUAUGGAAUAUUUGGCAUAAAAAAUUUAUGGAGUGCAUGCUAAAGUACUUCAUAGUGGCUUUAUUGGACUGAGGGUAGCACCAAAAUCUUAAGCCAGUGUCACUCCCUUCAUGUUUUAAGUGUGACUUACUGCUAAAAAUACCAGUGAUGGUUUUGUGAUGUUAAUUUUUUGUGUCUGCUUAUGAUUUGUCCUAUUACUUGUUUUGGGGAGGGAUAUCUCUGCAAUACUUCAGCAAACUAGAAACUGAAAAAUAACAUUUGUUCUGAGUGCCUAAGAAUAUAAGCUCUAAUGUAAUGCAUUUUAAUAGAGAUUGCACUAUAUUCUGAGAACUAUAACUUAAUCUAUUUUAUGAACUCAAUGAAAAUCAGUGUUUAUUUUUAAAUUUGUUUUAAAUUAGUACUUUCAAUCCUUUUAGUCCAAGGGCUCUAAACUGUGUUUCUUCUUCAGAUCUGAGAAUCAGGUUUCUUUGUCAGUUUAUGCAGUGUUAAUCAAUGUGUGCAAGGAUAAACAUUAAUUUCUUGUUUAUGUAUUAGAUACUCCCGUGUCUUGUCAGGAAGCAGCAAGUUUAUUUCACGCUGGCUGAAAGUAUGUGCUGCUGAUGGUCCUACUUUUUGUACCCACAAGACACUGACUGGUCCUAUCAAUAUAUACUUUUCACUGAUGCUGUAUUUGGCAAAAAACCAAAACAACAACAAAAAAAAACCCAACCCCCCACCCACCAAAGCUCUGAAAAGAGUAAAUGGUUUAUUGUUCCUUUUAAAAUGGAUAUUUUUAGAGGUAAUUGUCUAUCCUUAAGAACCCAAAGUAACUGUUUGGCCAGGACUGGAACUUCAGUGUUUUGUGCCCCUGCUCCCGUUGAUUUAAACCUGGCUGAUGAAAUCACUUCAGUAUUUAAGUAUAGCAUAAAAACCACGUUCACCUUACAGGCAUACAUUUAAUAUUCUUGAUAUUUUUUCUUCUUCAAGCUCCACUUGAUUAUUUGUAUGAAGAGCUAAUAUUUCUAGAAGAAUUUAAUUAGUAUUGGUUAUAGUAGUUAGCUUUCAGUUUCCAAGAAACAGAGAUCUAUGAGUAUAAAAUGUUACUAGAUAAAAGGGAGUAUUGGGCAAAACCAAGCAUUUUCAAAUAAUUUUCAGAAAGGAGAUACACAGUUAUAGGCUGUCCCAAAAUAUCUUAAGAAAAAAAGUGGAAGGGGUUAUUCUGAUAAUACUGUGUUUUGAUACAUGAUGAUGGGUUAGUGUACUGCAAGUAAAUUUGCCAAAGGAUGGAAGAAACUUUAAACAGAAAUAUGUAUUUUUUUUACUUGAUUUAAAAGUAGUUUCUAUUUUGAUUCCAUUGGAAAUAUGUAGAAUAAAAGAAAUGAAAAUGUGUUGGGUAUGUAAAACAUUGUUUACCUUAUAAGAUACAUAAGGUAUUAUAAAGCAUGAUAUGUGCAAGAAUUUAACUUGUGCAUUGCUACUUCAAUAAGAGGAAUUAGAAACUGUACCUGUUUCAUUGCAUUUAACACUACACUCUGCUGUUUUAUAGGGGUAUGGAUACUGCCAUAUUAG